GGUCAGUCAGAGUCGGAGCACCAGCACUGCCAACGGGCCGCCGAGAACGCGAUUUUUUAUCUGGUCGAAAAAACCCACGAAAUUUCCCAAUAUCUGUCCCGCGGGCCGUAGCCCCGCCACGCCCCCACAUAGAAAACAGGCCUCCUCGCCUCCGUCCGUCCAGCUCUGGUCCGAGCCCAUGGAAAUCGUUGCCAUAUCAGAUCAGCUCCGCCAUGGACCCCCAUCUAUCUGCGACCCUCGGUGACGCGCUCCGCCCACCGCCGCCCGGGAAUGGCUCGAGCGCUGCUCCUGCUGCGAGUAGCUGUAGCCCGCUACCCUCCUCUCCCGGCCUCACCCGCGCUCCUCCAGCCGCUGCUGCGCCGCCACGCGCCCUCCCAGUACAGGUCCCAGCUCCGCUUCCUCUCCUCCCUCUCCUCCUCGUCCGUGUCCACCAGCUCAGAUGCUCCCAGCGACGGCGGGGGCGGCCGCGACGGGGAAGAGGAUGGCGCGAAGAGCGGCGGCCGCGUCGACUACUUGGGGAUGAGCGACGAGGAGCUCAUGGAGCAGUGCGAUAUGGGCACGUUCAAGGCGUCCGGCCCCGGCGGCCAGCACCGCAACAAGCGCGAGUCCGCCGUCCGGCUGAAACACCUUCCCACCGGCAUCAUCGCCCAGGCUGUGGAGGAUCGGUCACAACAUAAGAACCGAGCGUCUGCUUUAUCUCGGCUUCGAACCCUGAUUGCUCUUAAAGUUAGGAGGCCGAUAAACCUGGAAGACUACACUCCACCUGUUGAGCUUCUUCAGAUAUUACCCCUGAAGUCCAGCGUUAGAGGAAAAGAUGUUGGGCCCCAAAUCGGUCCAAAUAACUCAAAAUUUUCUCCAGGAAUGCAAGCUUUAUUAGACCUGCUGUUUGCUGUUGAAGGUUCUGUAUCAGAUGCAGCAAAGAUUUUAGGCCUAAGCACUGGUGCUUUGUCAAGAUUGAUUCUGUCAGAUGAUUCUCUCCGAACGGCCGCGAAUGAACUGCGAGCUUCGAAGGGACUGAAGCCUUUGAGAUGAAAUCCUUUGUAAAAUCCUCAGCUUCAAGUGCACCAUAUCCCAUAGGUGCCAUGUUCGACAGAUGUCAGGAGGCAUUAUUUCUAGGGAAAACCUUUGAGGUUUCAUGCGGUUUGUUUAAGGGAUGUUCGUCGUCAUUAGAUUGCCGUAAAUAUGUUCAGUAGGCAGCUAGUAUAUCUUCAGAAUAUCCUCGUUUCGUAUUACAUAUACCCCCAAUGUUCUCCAGCAGGGCAACACCAUUACACCACUUAACCAAUAUUUUUCCUUGAGGACCUGUUAACCUCAAACUUUUAUUUGCCAGCCAAAAGUUGUUGAAGCGGCUGUGCUGAAUUGCUGAUUUAAUUGGCUGUAACUACCUCAUGGGUACACAAUUCUAAUCUUGUUUCCUUUCAGCGUUUGAUGAUGCUUUUAUAUCAAAUUGGUGCUCUUAAAUUUAAAUGCACCAUGGAUC